ACAAUCGAUGACAGCCCACACAAGAGCGACUGCGACGAUGGACGGAGUGAAGGCUCUAAAGCAGGUGAUUCGCAAGGACAUUGACCUCAAGCUACGACAGUACUCCGCCGACGAGGUCGCCUCUGCGAGCGCGCAGCUUACGUCACAUCUGGUGCAGCAUCCAGCGUUUGUCCAGGCCAAAUCCGUGUGCGCGUAUUUGCCCAUGCCGAACGAAGCGUCCACUGCCGCCAUCAUCCACGAGAUCUUUGCCCAGGGGAAGAAGCUGUACGUUCCAAAGGUAACCGGUCCCCGGUCGGAAGACAUGGUCAUGCUGCACGUCACCUCUCAACGCGACAUCGACACGUUUCCCAAGAGCAAAUGGAACAUCCCCGAGCCAUUGCUCGACCACCCUAACGGCCUUCCUCGGGAGAAUGCGCUCGACGUGACCGACCUCGACUUGAUCCUUGUUCCUGGGGUGGCCUUUGAUGCCCACUGCAAUCGGUUGGGCCAUGGCAAGGGAUACUACGACUGCUUCUUUGAACGAUACGCGUCCAAGUGUCGUGGAGCGCUGCCUCCCACACUCGGCAUUGCAUUACCCGAGCAAGUCAUCGAUCAAGUGCCGACGUCCGCGCACGACAAGGCGCUGGACGGACUGGUCACUCCUCGUGGCGUCCUCUCCCGCUUCACACCUUGACGAACGGCGUCGUCAUCCUUUCCACUUUUAUUUUUUGCUAGGCUUCAUAGGAUAAAUAAAUCAUCGGCAUAUUUGUUUUGCAUGCUUUCAACAUGCAACUGACAGGGGGCAUCACUACUGUAG